AGGCAGUGUUCCUUGGCACAGCCCUGCAACGAUGUAAGAUGCUGGAUAGCCAUGGCGUUGAUGAUCUCCCGGCACCCCGGGCACCUGGUGACACCAAUGCGGAGGUUUUACCCGCCAAGAAAACGAAGGCCAAAGUGCAAAAAGAGGUGGAAGAAGAAAAACCAAUGAGCAAACGGAAAAGAAGGAAACUGGAGCAGCUGGCGCAAAAAAAUGCCAGCAAAGAAGUUCGUGCUGAAGUAUUGGAACAGCUCAAGGCGGUGAAACUCACACCGGAUCAAGCUGAACUAUUGAAGGCAUCGCAAAGCACGAGGCUUUCAAAGCGCGAGCAGAAGGCAAUGGCACAACGUCGUGCUCAACUGGGCAUUCCAUUGACUUCUGACAUGAAGGAGACCUUGCGGCGAAGACCUCGCCAGCUCAAACCCAAAGUCGAAAAUGAUGAGGAACUCAGCGAAGAGCAAGAGCAACAUGGAGAAAAACCAGAAACAGGGAACAUCGUGCAGCUGUCAAUGGACGCCCCUAAACCUCAGGCGCAACCAAAACCUGAGAUGAAGGCUUCAAAGAAGCUGGCCCCAAAGAAAACCUCACAGGUGGAGGCCAUGGCCACGCAGCCUUUGCAGCGUGUCCACGUGGAGCGGACUGCCGAUAUUGAGGAACAACGAACUCGGUUGCCAGCUGUCAUGAUGGAGCAAGAAUUCGUCGAAAUGCUGCUGAGCAAUGAUGUCAUGUUGGUUUGUGGCGACACCGGCUGCGGCAAAUCCACCCAGGUGCCGCAGUUCCUUUACGAGUGUGGCAUUUGCAAUGGAAAGGACUUCCUCAUAGGUGUUACACAACCUCGCAGGGUUGCUGCUAUCUCUGUCUCGCAGCGAGUGGGACAAGAAUUGAAUGAGUCCGGCAAGGUUGGUUAUCAGGUCCGCUACGACAGGAGCAACUGCACAGAGGAUAUGCGGAUCAAGUUUAUGACCGAUGGUAUACUUCUGCGGGAGGUCCAGGCUGACUUCCUUUGUCGAAAGUACACUGCAAUCGUAAUCGAUGAGGCUCAUGAAAGAGGUGUCAACUGCGACAUAUUGAUCGGCCUCCUUUCCCGGGCAGUUCAUCAACGCCGCAAGGCCUUUCAGGAGGCUGUUGCCGCUGGGCGUUUCAACAAGGACCCAGGUACGGCACGAAGCGCAGAUGAACCACCGCCACCUUUGAAGUUGGUGAUCAUGUCCGCGACCUUGAGGCUCUGUGAUUUCACGGAGAAUCAGCAGCUUUUUCCAGUCCCACCGCCCGUGCUUCGCAUUGAUGCACGAACCUUUCCGGUGACGGUGCAUUUUGAACGACGAACUGAAGAGGAUUACAUCAAGGCUGCACACCGAUCAGUAUGGAAGAUACACAAAGACCUGCCUCCAGGGAGCAUUUUGGUGUUCGUCACAGGAAGGCAGGAAGUUCAUCGUUUGUGCAGGAUGCUGCAACAGACGCAGCUCCUCACGUUCAACAGCGGUAAGGCACUUGAGGAAGCAGCGGCAGAGGUUGCAGAGCAGGAGGGCAAGACAGCAGAUUUGGACUUAGAAGCCUCCGAUGAUGAGGGAAACCUGUCGGAGCCGGAGUUGGAAGAAGGGAAUGAAGGCAAGAUAGGUGACGCUGGCAGGCUGAAAAAGAAGCUGAAGGGUAAGCGCAAAAAGAAAGCGUUGGACACGUCUGGAGAUGUGAAGGUGGAAGGUGUGGCCGAUAGCAUCAAACCAGGUGCAAAGCGAAAGCGAACGAACGAGAAGGAAGAGGCCACCCAAGACAUUCCGGAUGAGAUGCCGGAGCUCUCCUUUGCGGUGGGUGAAGAAGACGUCGUGGUGUUGGAGGGAGAGGCCGCCACAGCUGCCGAGGAUGCAAAAGACAUUGAGCUUCGCAACCAGAGAAAGGUAAGAAUGUCCAGGCUGGAUAAAUCGAGGACAGCGGGGGGUGUCUUCAAAGGUGUAGGCUUUGGAGAGGGGCAAAUGCGGGUUUUGCCACUCUAUGCUCAGUUAUCUGCAACGAAGCAGCUGGAGCCCUUCAAGCAUCCACCGGAGAACCAACGAGUGGUCGUCAUAUCAACGAAUGUGGCGGAAACAUCGGUUACACUUCCGAAUGUGCGCUAUGUGGUGGACUGCGGGCGUGAGAAGCGCCGCCGGUAUAAGGCUUCUUCUGGUGCCUCAGCAUUUGCCAUUGACAGGAUUUCAAAGGCAUCCGCAGACCAACGAGCUGGUCGGGCCGGCCGACUGGGCCCAGGACACUCAUAUCGUUUGUAUUCCUCAGCGGCCUAUGAGAAUUACUUCCCCAAGUUCGCGCCCUUGCAGAUGCUCCACACGCCAAUGGAUCCAGUGCUGCUGUUGCUGGCUUUUCUCGGAGUUCCACGCCUUGACGUGUUUCCGUGGCCGACCCCACCGCCAGCAGAAGCCAUCUCUGCCGCGAUCAGGCGACUUCGUGCGAUUGGAGCCAUUGAAGACGACGGUACAAGGGCUGAAGGCUCCAAAGCAACGGCAGCUGUAGUGAAGUGUACAACCCUUGGCUACCGCUUAGCAGCAUUGCCAGUCGCACCCAGAUACGCUCGGAUGCUUUUGGCGGCGGUUUCCACCAGCGCAGAUCUGAAGGCCGAUCAUAUCAUUGGUCACGCCUGCGCUAUUGUGGCGGCACUUUCUGUCGGGAACCUUACAUGCUGGGAGUCAGCGCAAGAGGUUGAAGGUGCAGGGCCUGGUGGCUUGGAGAAUGAGCUGGUUCGUGCUCAAAGGGAGGCGCAAAGGCGGCUAGAUGAGGCGACCAAAAAAGAAGCCCCAAAGUGGAGCCAACUUAGAGAUGACGCCGAAGGACUCUUGUGGCUGAUGGGCGGCUAUGCGUGGGCAGCAAGAGGCGGAGAUGAGGCCGCGGAGGCCUUCUGCCAGAAAAAUAAGAUCAAUCCUCGCCAGAUGGCAGAGGCUCAUAGCUUGAUGCAACAGCUUGCAGAGCUCUUGCAGCGCAGACUCUGCCUGUCGUCAGCAGGUUUUGAGCUCCAACUGCCGUUGCUUCCGCGCCCACCGACACCUCGACAGGUGCAAUUGCUACGCGAGUGCAUCGCAGAAGGGUUGCUAGACCGAGUUGCCAUUGCUUCUCCAGAUUUGGGUCAUCGGGCCUACAUUUGUGCAGAUCUUGGCCGAGAACGACCUGUGUACAUACAUACUGCAUCGAAUGCCUUCCGGCAUAGGCCUCACCCUUCGGUUUUGGUCUUCAAUGAGAUCAUUUCGACUCACAAGCCGUUUAUGAGGGAUUGCAUCAAUGUGGACCCACUGCACCUGGCAAAGCGCGCUGCUGCCGGCGGAUGCCCACUUUUGAGUCUUGGUGAGUUUAUUCCAGUACCCGGGCCUCGGUACCUUCCGGAGCAGGACAAAGUGCUUGCUUUUGCCAGCCCGUCCUACAUUCCUCUGUCCUAUGCGCUUCCGACCGUUGAGGUUGAAGUCCCAGCCAACUCGAUUUUUAGAUACAAGGUCUUCGCUAAGGCGCUUUUGGAGGGCAUGGUUGUGAGGGACUUGCCCGCGCAGGACAAGCUUUUGGCGAAGCCAACGCUGCUCUUGCAUGCUCCCACCAAUCCGAGGGUGUCUGCUCUCGUCAGUCCGUUGUGGCAAUUCAAGGUGGGGUCCCGCGGCGAGCUCUACUCGCGAUGGAAACAUGACAGCCGGUUCCUCCUUGAAGGCUAUCUGAAAUGGGUCCCCAAUACUGCCCAUGACGAUGUGCGCAUGGCUUGGCCUCCCAUGUGAGGUUUCGGCGUUGAGCGCCCAAAACUGAUGAGAGUGCGUAUGCUGGCGUAUGCUGUGCACCAACUUUACUAGCAGUGUUGCCACGACAAGCUGACGACAUGGUGCCAUGUUUGUGUGUAGUGCGUGUAGAAUGCUGUCACACAUUACGCUGAUGUGCCGGCGUGGUGUCACACCCUCACGUUGUCAGGCUGUCAGGCUGACAAAUGGUCAUACAAACGCAUGCC